GCGCGCUCCGCGCUCGGUGAAGGCGGUCUGGCCGUGUGGACGUCACAGGCGGUUGCGCUGGGCAACGGCGGCUCCGUUUCGUUGAUCCUCGACGACGAUACAGACAGCCACCAUGCAAGCUGAAGCCGCUGCGGUGUGCUCCAGAGCGAGUCUGUGUGCUACUUGAUACCUUCAUUUAUUUUUCAUUGGGGUCUUGGAUUCGCUUGCAUCUCACCGUCGCAGCUGCUGGAGGAGUAAACAGAGCGCUGCAGCGGCCAACAGUCGCGCCAGGUGCGAUGCAGCCCACGCAAUGGGUUGCGGAAGGUGCGAGUACGCCGGGUCCGGGGGCGUAUUACACGCCGCAACAGAUGAAGAGCUAUCUCCAGGACCUUCGCACCAACCGCCCUGCCCGUCCCACGGGCUCCCGUCCGCCGCCUGCACACUUCAAGACAUGGUCAAACAGGGAGACCUCGCGGAUGCAGGACAUGCCGACGCUUGCCUCGCUGCAGGCUGCCACGGACACCGAGGCGACGGCAGAAGCACCAGCACCGGCCGCCCCAGCACCAGCCGCCGCAACACCAGCCGCCGCAAUACCGGCCUCACCAGCAUCAGGACCACUGCGGCGCCGAGAAGACUUGGCGAGGGCUGUCGAGGGCGCAGGCAAGGCCCUCGUGCAGCCGCCACGUGGGCGCGAGUCGGCCACGCCUUCCCACGAGCGCACGUCGAGCGUGCAGUACCGCGAAGACGCACGGCGGAAGGCGGAGCGCAGAGAGUCGGGCGAGAUCCGCGCCGCCAUGGACAAGAUGGACCUCAAGGACGAAGAGAAGCUGUACGAGGCGGCGCGCGACGAGGCGGCCGACAUCGUCUGGAAGCACCGCAACCCGAAUGCGCCUGAGAACAACCCUGAUGCGCCGUACGCGUACCCUGGACCGGGGCGCAAUGCUCUGCAGCGGCCGAAGCUGCAGCGGACGCGGAGUCGUAGCGUGGGGCCGAGUGAGGACGCAGAGCAGCAUCUGCAGCACGCACACUCGAAGACGCGGAAAAGACACUCGAUUGGCAGCUCCACGGGCAGCAGGAGCAGCAGCAUGCAGGACGUCGGUGCAGCGGGCUCAGACACAUCUCCCACCCCGAGUCCGCUCUUCAGCGGCUCACCCUCCAAAAAUGCAUUCGACCUCAAGAUCGCCAAGGCAUCCUCCGACCUGCCCCAGCAGCGCAAAACCAGCGGCUCCCGUCGCAAACCAAGCGGCAGUCUCUUCCAAAAUCCCAACGACCACAUCUACGAGGAGCCCGAGGAGGAAGCACCCCCUGCUCCCGCACCGACCCCUAUGGCAGCCGAGCCUCCGAAGCCUGCUCCUUUACCCCUGGGCAUGCGCCGGAACCCCUUCACUCGCUUUCAGUCAAUCAAAGGCAACGGAAUGGUGAGGAGCAACACGGAUCCCGUCGUCAGCAUGCGGCGCUUUGAUCGUUACGAGAUCCACAGGAACGAGCCGACCCAGUCGAGGAACGCCGGGUAUACGCUCAACAACAACAAGUCGAAGCUGAGUGACGUCAGCAAGGCGGAUGCAGAGAACGAGCCCGAGGCCAAGAAGAAGGACGGCAAGGAGGUUCGGAGCGAUGAGUUGCGCGCUGCGACCGGGUUCAGCCUGAGGAACCGCAGUCCGAAGUUGCCCACGCCGACCAUGGUUUCUGAUGCUCCAGGUAGACCCAUUGUGUCGUUUCAGAAAGACUACGGUGUUGUGGAGCUGAAGGAGGAGAAGUCCAUGUUGCCUGCGGAUCCAAAGCCUGCGCCCGCUGCUGCUCCGGCGGCCGUGCCAGAACCAGCUCCAAAGCCAUUGGAGAAGUCAGCAACGGAGCCUAUCGUACCCACCCGGAAGAGUCUCUUUGAGAGGCCGACAAGCAAAUCUGGAGCGGCACCUAGUCUCUUCGAGAGGCCGAUGAGUAGGUCUGGGGCAGCACCUAGUCCGUUCGAAAGGCCGACGAGCAGGUCUGGAGCAUCACCUAGUCCGUUCGAAAGGCCUGCCAGUAGGUCCGCUAGUCCUUUCGACAGACCCGCGAGCCGGUCUGGGGCAGCAUCAUCAGCACCAUUGAAGGAGUUCGGCCCAUCCAGCUCACCUGCGCCAUUGGGUAGCGGACGUCCAGGAACACCCAAGGGACCUUUCGCCAACCGCAGUCCACUGAGCAGAGUCAACACCGCCUCAAGCAUGCCUUCAACACCUGCAGCAAGUACAGUCCCUGCGGAUCCAUACGCACUGCCCACGGCAUCCUCGACACCACCACUACUAGCCGACCCCUACGCGCUUCCAUCGACGUCAUCUCGGCCUCAACCACCUAUCCCGAGCAUUUCAGUCAGUGAGUCUCGUCCAGCCAGCAGAAGUCGGUUCGGCAGACCUCAAUCGGUGUCGAACAUCCCCACCAUUUCUGUCAGCGAGACACCAUCCACAGGCCAUAGCCGUACUGGUAGCAUCCCUUCUAUUGGCGUCACGCCGCCGAUUCCGACCAUCUCUGUGAGCGACUCUCCAGCUCCUACUACCGCACCUCCGCGAGGGCGCUUCAACCGCGUGUCGACAAUACAAGCUGUUCCCAGCAUAUCUGUCAAUGAGCCUCCUGCUAUGACCCGAGGCCACAGCUUCAACGCCCCGGUCAUCAAUCUGCCCAGUGAUGUACCAACCAUCGCCGUCAACAAGUCUCCAGCAUCGAGACCUGUGCCAACAAUUAACGCGCCGUCAAGCUCAGUCACCCCCUCAGUCCCAUCCAUCGCCAUCAACGACCCCAUCCCCUCAACCCGCCCCCUCCCCGAUCCCCGGAACUACAACAAACGUUCCGCGCCACCCAUCAACGCCGCCUCCCGACCUUCGACCUCCUCCCGGCCUUUACCAUCCUCAGCCCGCACCCACUGGACGCCGACAUCGGUCCGCACCGGCGCGCAAUGCACGCACUGUGCGCUCCCGAUCAGCGGCCGCAUCGUCAGCGCGGGCGGCUGCCGCUUCCACCCUGAAUGCUUCAGCUGCUACCAGUGCGGCGAGAAGCUGGAAUGCGUCGCCUUCUACCCCGAGCCCAGCGCCAAGCACGCCGCGCGCGUGGAGCGCAUGCGCGCGCGCCAGCGCGGCGAGGACAUUGGGUUCCUGCCCGGCUGGGACAGCGCGGAGAAAAUGGCCAUGCUUGAGGAGCAGGACGGCACCGAUGAGAGCCCGAGGUUCUACUGCCAUCUGGACUUCCACGAGUGCUUUUCGCCCCGCUGCAAGAGUUGCACGACGCCGAUCGAGGGCGAGGUCGUGGUCGCGUGCGGCGCCGAGUGGCAUCCGGGACACUUCUUUUGCGCGCAGUGCGGCGAUCCGUUUGACUCCAGCACGCCGUUUGUCGAGAAGGAUGGGUAUGCGUGGUGUGUGAAUUGUCAUACGAACCGGUACAGCGCAAAGUGCAAGGGCUGUCGCAAGCCGGUUACGGAUACGGUUGUCAAGGCGCUGGGCGCGGAGUGGCAUACGGGCUGCUUUGUUUGCGUUGAGUGUAAGGGCCCGUUCGAUGACGGGCGGUAUUUCUUGCGCGGCGAGAGUCAGGACCCCGUGUGUGUUAAGUGCGAGGAGAGAAGGCUGAAGGCUUAGCAGCCCGGUGCUAGCUCAGGGAAAUACACGUCGUACUGUAGAACAGUUGUGUGCCUGGCUGCGUUGCUGCGGUAUUGAGGGAUGAUGGUCUUUCGGUUCUUUUCAUGCAUCAUGAACGAACAGCAUACGUGGUCGUUAGGUCUUGGGUACUGUUGGCUUUUGUAUACUAGGGGAUCGGCGCAUUGAGGCGUCUACAUAGCAUAUAUGGUAACAUGUUCAGUGCAAGCUUG